AGUGUUGUCCCCUGCCAUCAUCGCUCACCUCACCGCGCAUACACACCGGCCUCCUCUGUUCUUCUCUGACCUCCCGCGAGGAGCUCCUUGCAAGUUGCAAGCACCAACGUCAGCAUAGCAUCCACACGCAUCCAAGCGUCCAUGACAAAGGUUCACCCAAACGCCGCGACAGCGGCGGGAGCAGUAGCCGCAGCUGCUCCUUCGGCGGCGGCGGCAGUGGAGGAGGAGAAGGGGGAGGCGGUGUCGCUGACAGUGUGGCGGCGGUCGCUGCUGUUCAACGGUAAGGGGUUCACGGUGUUCGAUUGCAAGGGCAACCUCGUGUACCGCGUCGAGACCUACGGCGGCGGCUCGCCCCGCGAGGUCGUGCUCAUGGACGCUGACGGCCAUGGCCUCCUCACCAUCCGCCGCAAGAAGCUGAGCUUGGCGGACGAGUGGCUCAUCUACGACGGCGAUGCGGCCGCGUCCCCGUCGGCGGCUGCGCCGCCGAAGCGGUUCACGGCCCGGCGGCACGUGAGUCUUCGCCCGACCAGGAGCCUGGCCCACCUUUCCCCGGCUCGCAGGCCGUCCUGCAGCACGGACGCUGGAGCCGCGCCCAGCUGCCGGUACGACGUGGAGGGCUCGUACGCCGGGCGCAGCCUCGAUGUGUUCGCCUCCUCUGUCUCAGGCGGCGAGCAGCGGCGACGAGUCGCUACGGUGUGCCAGAAGGAGGCCGCCGUCGGGCCGGACGUGUUCUGCCUUGUGGUGCAGCCGGGCUUCGAGCCGGCCCUGGCCAUGGCCGUCGUCAUCCUCCUCGACCAGAUGAACGCGUCCUGAACAUUGCCGGGGGAUUUACAUGCACGGAUCUUGCAACACUCCGCACGUCAAUGGUGCGCCCCGCAUGGUGUAAAGUUUGGGCACAAAGCAAAGCAGCAUCUUCUGAUUGCUGUAGCGAUUGAUGCGUCCUUUUUUUAUGCUUCAACGUUGUUGUCUCAUCUAUGAUGAUGGAAGCAUUUGUAGGGGCGCGAUGCUUUUAUGUUUGGGUUUAGGAUCUAGAGGUCGUAUGGGUAUGGAUGGCGGCCAUAUUGAGGUGUUCUAUAUGUGCCGGGUUUCUUUUUAUUUGUUGGUCAAAAUAAAUUUGCACACAUAGGAGAAGGUGAUGGAUGUAUAGAUCAAAUGAUCCAGGCAUCGAAGUUAUGUGUGAUGUACAUGGAAGUCCAAUCUUUUUGUUUCCUUUCAGAAGGAAAUUGUGGUGACCUAUUGUUGUACAACAUUCUGUUACUGAACUAUGGUUACAUGCAUUUGAAUCUA